UAUAUGCAUAUGUAUCUACACACUUUAUAUACUUAACCUAUAAAAAAAAAAAAAAAUAAAUUUCAUGCAACAAGUGAAAAGAGCAAUAUUGAAAGAUCAAAUGUAUUUUAAUUGAAGUAUUAAAUGAAUUUAUUAAAAUGCCAACAGUCAUAGCAUUAGAUGUUUCUCUAUCAAUGAGACGCCCUGUAACAAUUGGAAGUACAGGAAAUAGUGAUAAUUCUCAAAGUGAACAAUUAACAAGGCAUCAUUUAGCAAUUCAUGGAAUAAAUGCCUUAUUACAUUAUUUACAAACUAAUUCUAAAUUGGAAUUUGUUUCUUUGGUAUUAUUUUCAUCGCUUUAUGAAGUUAUAUGUCCAUUUACUCGUGACUAUGAUAGUAUACGUGCAAAGUUACAAAAUAUAGAGGAAUGUGACAAAACCUGCAUUGAAACAGCUUUACAUGGUGUUAAUAAUGUGAUCAUGGCAGAAUGGGGCAAUACUACGGCCUGCCAAGUAGUUUUAAUAACAGAUGGUAAUCCUGGUAUUGGACCAAUGUCUUUGGGGGAUUCGUUAAAUUCCUUAAAUGUAACAAGAGAUAUGAAUCCUUUUCCAUUACCUUUUCCAUAUCCAGGAAAAUUAAGUGUCGUUUGUAUUGCACCAUCUCAAGAUCCAGGCUUGUCUGUAGGUUUACCUCUUUACCAACGCCUAAUUGAUUUAGCUGGAUGUGACAGUAUUAUAUUAGUACCAGAUUCUCCUCUCACAAAGCAUUCUGUUGCAGUAUGUUUCCAAAAACUAGCAGAGACAAAUUAUGUGUCUUUUCAAGGUUAUUUAAAGUGUGGCUAUUUAGGUUCACGUAUUCUUUUAUCUCCACCUCCUAUGCCAUAUACAAAGAAAACAGAUUUUGAACUGAUAUCUGGUUUAAUGAUAUCAAAGAAUAUUGAAAUUUGUGGAUUUAUAUCCGUAGCAGAUGUUGGUAGUCCUAAUGCUAUAUCUAGACAUUUAGUUUUACCAUUGCCUACUGAAAAAAAUGCAAAUAUGCAAGGUAUAUCGUUGGAAGAAGAUUCAGAUACAGAUGAAAAUGGAGAUGAAGGCAAAAUACCAUCCUUUUGUGUAUUAUUACAUGGAGCUUUAAAGGUAGAAAAUAUGGCAGCUCUAUGUUUAUUGAAUAAUGAAUGGUUUGGUUUUAUUUAUUCAUGGGCAGAUACAAAAAAGAAGUCAAAUUUAAUGUUAACGGUUCUAGAACCAGGACCUGAUAUUGUACCAUGGUUAGGUAAUUUCAAUAAUUUAGGUCCAGCUGAUGCAGCUCAAGGUGCACAAGUUUCUUUCCCUGUUAGACCUACUGAAAAGAGAAGUUAUACACAAAAUGCACCGUCAUGGAUUCGACAAGUGGGAUUGCAAUCUGAUAUUCAAAAAAUAUUAAGACAUGCAAGAAAAUUGCCAGAGAAGACACAAAAUUUUUACAAAGAAGUAAACAGGUUACGCAGAGCAGCAGCCUCUAUGGGCUUUGUAGAAUUGUUGGAAGGUUUGGCAUGUAUACUAGAACGAGAGUGUACAUUGUUACCACCAAAUUUAAAUCCAGAUUGCACAAUACAGUUAGGACACGUCGCUGCAAUGUUACGAAAACCUGAAUUUCUCGAACUAAGAUAUAAUAUUCCACCGACACGAACCAAAUUUCAACAGGAAGGUUCAUAAAGUGACAAAAAUAUGCAUUUGCAAUAAUGUAUUUAUAUUAAAUGUUAAGGAUAAAAAUAUUAGAUAUUAAGUAUCAUUGUUUUUUAUAAGAUAAUAGUAAAAUUUUACAUUUUUUACUAUAAUGCUCGUUAUGUUUUUAAUCAUCAUUUAAGGUUUUAACCAGAAAAUAUAUAAUAUCAUACAAACCCUUGCUAGUUUGCAUGCUAGAAUAUACAUGAAGAUCAGGAACAUGAACAAAUAAUGUUUUUUGCGUUUUAAUAUUCAAUGAUUGAUAAAAUAUAUAUUCGCACAAAUAUCUUCCAGCAUCAUAAGAAAUGCAGGCUUUGCAUCCACUUUCUGUUGAAUUCUCAUUAAUACUGUCGCAAAGUCUAUUAACAUUUAUGUCUGUUUUUAAAAUUUGAUAAACAGUACAUAUUUCAUUGGGACAUUUACCAUUUAUAUCAGGUCUUGCAUAGCCUGUACUGUGAGCAACGUGUUCUAUGGUUAAGCAGCUUGCUUUGUAAGAGACACCUACAUGUAUAACGAUCUAAACAAAAUGCUGACAAUUAAUUAUUGUAUUUGUUAACUUAAAUACUAUUCAAUUAACAAAUUAUUGGGAGAGUAAGCUAUACAUGAUAUAACGAUUACAUACUAUAGGAUUGUGUUCUUCCCAUAGUUUGGAUAUUUCUGUAGAUACGUAUUCAUAAGAUACAGGUUAUAUAAAUUCGACAUAUUAAAUAUCGCACCAUGCCAUCAAAAUCGCACUCGUACCAAAAUUGAACUCGAUUUUUUCUUAUUGAAAGAAAAAAACCCAACUAAGGGCACACAUCGGAGGAAAUCCAAAGAUCCUAUCCGAGAAGUUUACACGAUGCUUAGAUAGGAACUCGCACAAAACUGACACACAUGGAUCCAACACAUAGAUUCUACCUAAGAGACGUAUAAAUAAUAAUUAAUAAGAGUAAAUGAGAAUAAAUAGGAAAUAUAUGGGCUUGAUAAUAACCAUAAGUACGAUUAGAAAAGCUUUCUAUGCAUUUCUUUAAGAAAUUAUUUUAGAAUUCUACUAUAUUUAAUCAUUUAUUUAUUGAAGUAUAAUUGGCAAUGUAAAAUGAAAAUACGUUAAUCUUUAGUUGGAAUUAUAUUGAAAAGAUAUUGGAAAAUUUUUUAAAUAUGCAGCCAUUCGCUCGGUAGUACUUGUAUCAAAUAAGAUUUCAAUACAUCGCAAGUACUACCGACCCAGAUCUCACUAUGUGGAGGUUGCUGCAUCUGGAGAUCCACGGAUUGACGGUAACUCAACUCAAAGAAAUCCACAUUCGGUAAUAUAUAAUAUAAUAAUCCGGAUCCGGACAUAAAGAUUAUUAAGUUUCACACAUAACGAAUUAUUAAGUACGAUCGUUGAUACUUUCCAAAUUUCGAACAAUAAAAAGCGCAAUCUUCGGUAAGAUUUUAAAUCGUGUCCGUAUGUGUUAGAAUAACGUUGACUCUAAAGUCUACGUUCGCGUAAUAAUCUAAUCGAAUUUUCGAUCAAAUAAAAUGAAGUUCACGGAUAGGACCUUUAAUCGCGACUUGAAUAAGACGUCAGUCUUAGAAAAAUGGUGACUUUAUUCUAUAAUACGUGAUCUCGGGACGACACGAGCAAUCAAAUGAAGUUUAAUUGCACCCGCGAAAAUCCACGCCUAUGCCCGCUACACGCACGACAGUGUUCUCUUAUUCUUUCCCUAUUCUCGCGUAAAAAUCGAUGAUGAAUCGAUGAGACAUUCGACUAUAGGUCGGACUAUUCCUACCGCAGAUGAAUUUAUCCCUUAAUAAUUCAAACUGAAGAAGAUAAAGAGAAAAAGAAAAUAAGAGAAAGAAAAUAAAAAAUAGACGAAACGUGAGCGUACGUGAUAAUGAUGGAACUAGGAACGUGAGGUGAAUAUAUUGAAUAUUGUUCAAUGAUCACUUGAUGAUUUUAAGAGAAGAAGAAGAGAAGAUAAAGAAGAGAAAAAAGUAUGAGAUAGAAAAGAGAGCCGGA